CAACCAGAAUCUAAAAUAAAAUCUACCACAGUUCCUCAACCACCACACUCUCCCAGAUCUCUCUCAUCUGGGACUCGAGAAAAUCCACGGAAGAACAUGCAGGUUUCCGGCGUCGACGUGUCCCUUGGUUUUCCCUCCAACGGCGGCCUCCGCUCUCCGGAGUUUAGGCAUUUCCAUACUUUCUCCGCUGGAACCUUCAAAAAUCUUCUUUUCAGAAGCUGCCCUUCAUUUUGCAUUCCGAAGCUAGGAGUUGGACUGGAUAAAUGUCGAGUAAGAGGAUUAACAGUGAGAGCAUCAGUGAAUUCAGACGAUGAGUUGGUUCCAGUUGCUCCUCUUCAACUUGAAUCUCCAGUUGGCCAGCUUUUGGCCCAAAUAGUGCAAACCCAUCCACAUCUACUCCCUGCAGCUAUUGAUCAGCAGCUUGAGAAUCUUCAGACAGAUAGAGAUGCACAGAGAGAGGAAACCCCACCUUCAUCUCGAGAUCUUCUCCUCUAUAAGAGAAUAGCUGUGGUCAGAGAGAAGGAAAGGCAGAAGGUGUUGGAGGAGAUAAUAUACUGCUUGAUUGUGCAGAAAUUUGUAGAGAAAAACAUUUCAAUGAUUCCGAAGAUAUCAGCUACCUCAGAUCCUGCUGGGCGGGUGGACUUUUGGCCAAACCAGGAGCAGAAACUAGAGUCUAUUCACUCUCCUGAAGCAUUUGAGAUGAUACAGAGCCACUUGUCUCUUGUUCUUGGUGAGCGGCUUGUGGGGCCCCUCGACACGAUUGUUCAGAUCAGUAAAAUCAAACUUGGAAAGCUGUAUGCUGCUUCUAUAAUGUAUGGGUAUUUCCUCAAGAGAGUGGAUGAGCGCUACCAACUUGAAAGAACUAUGAAAACCCUUCCAGAGGGUUUCAAUGAAAACCGCUUAAGUUUUGAAGAUCCAGGACCAGCAAAUCGCCUUUGGGAUCCAGAUUCAUUGAUUAGAAUUCCAGCUGAUGAUGAUGAUGAUGGAGGCAUGUUGGAUUCUGUUGAAGGUGGGUCAUACAGAUUGAGAUCCUAUGUGAUGUACUUGGAUGCAGAGACGCUUCAGAGAUAUGCAACUAUAAGAUCCAAGGAAGCGAUUUCCUUGAUUGAAAAGCAGACACAGGCCCUGUUUGGAAGACCUGACGUCAGAGUUUCUGAGGACGGCUCCCUUGAUACUUCCAAUGAUGAAGUGGUUUCAAUUACGUUUUCUGGAUUAACAAUGCUAGUCUUGGAGGCAGUGGCAUUUGGAUCAUUUUUAUGGGAUUCAGAAACAUACGUUGAAUCCAAAUACCACUUCCUUAAGAGCUGAAGGAGGUUCUAUUUUGAAUCUUUCAUUCAUCUUCUUUUUUAGCCGUGUAAAUUGUAGUAAUGUUGAGCAUGGCGUGACGGGAAUCACAAAAUAUAGUUGUGUCAUAUCACAGUAUUUCAAAGCUAAGAACACCACAAACAAUAAGGAUGAGAAAAUGGAAUGUAAAUGCUACACAUUUUCGUGUUGUUUUGAGUUUUGACUUUGAUAGAUCUGGAAGAGAAGCAUGAGGCCUUCCUGCA